CCUCUCUUUGUUUCUCUCUCUAGUUCUCAGGCAACCAGUUCCUCUUCUCGUUUUUUGCUUAUACAUAUAAAUCUUGUAUCUAUAUCCCAUAUCCCUGUCUUUGCAUUUCCUAGGGUUUUCGUUCUUGUUUCCUGUCUUCUUUCGUCUUUCGAAAGGUUUUUCUUCAUUUUAUUGCAUUUCUGAAGUGUGAAUAUAUUCGCGAUUUUGGAUUGGAGCCUCCCGUGAACAGAUCAAUUACACCUUACAUUGAAAUGACCGACCACACAUUUUCAGGAGUUUUUGAUUGAUGGACUGCAUUACAACAAGUAGUGAGAAGAAAACUCUGAAGCGGUGGUUUUUCAUUGACAAGAGGGUUGGAUAGGUAGCUUUUGUGAAAGUUGGAAUUCUCUUAGCUAAUAUUUUGCUUCCAUCAAAGCAUUCUGUUACAUUUGUCGAACUUGGGAAAGCAAUGGACCUAAAAUCAAAUCAUAAUUCUCCUGUACUCACUGAUUCAGCACCGAUGAAUUCAGCUGGAUUAGGAAUCCACACUAACCAGUUCUCACCACUGGGAGCAGUUUUUCCCCAUGGACUAUUCUUAAACGUUCCUAGGAAAAAGCCUGCUGGACUUGAUUGGUCCAACUCAUGGAUGGAUGCUAUGAAAUCCUCAUCUCCCACUCAUAGGAAAAUUGGCAUGGUUUCUCUAGAUACUGAUGCUGUUUACUCCAACUGGAAGCUCAAGUAUCCUUCAGCCAUUGGAUGUUUUGAGCAGAUAACUAACCAUGCAAAGGGAAAGAUUAUAGCACUGUUUCUUGAUUAUGAUGGGACACUUUCUCCUAUUGUGGACAAUCCAGACUGUGCUGUCAUGUCUCCUGCUAUGCGUUCUACAGUCAGAAAUGUGGCAAAAUUGUUCCCCACUGCAAUAAUCAGUGGUCGUAGCCGUGACAAGGUAUACGAAUUUGUUGGGCUACCUGAACUGUAUUAUGCAGGUAGUCAUGGAAUGGACAUUAAGGCUCCGUUUAAGUCUGCUUCCUCCAAAUUGCUUCCUCCAGAGUGCAGUAGAUCUUGCAACAAGCAGGCCAAAGAAGUGAACUUGUUUCAGCCAGCCAGUGAAUUCCUACCUAUGAUUGAUGAGGUACUUAGGUCUCUUGUUGAGAUUACAGAGGAGAUUGAAGGAUCAAAAGUAGAGAACAACAAAUUCUGCGUUUCUGUACACUACCGCAAUGUUGAUCAGAAGAACUGGGCAGCAGUCGCACAACGUGUCCAAGAAAUUUUGGAAGACUAUCCUCGCCUGCGGUUAACUCAUGGGCGCAAGGUUCUAGAGAUCCGGCCAGUACUAGAUUGGGACAAGGGUAAAGCUGUUGAGUUUUUACUUGAAUCACUUGGGUUAAAUGACCGUGAUGACGUGUUGCCUAUUUAUAUCGGCGAUGAUAGAACAGACGAAGAUGCAUUUAAGGUUUUAAGAGAAGGAAAACGCGGUUAUGGGAUAUUGGUCUCUUCUGUGCCUAAGGAAAGUAAUGCUUCUUACUCCCUCAAAGACCCAUCAGAGGUAAUGGAGUUUCUGAAAUCACUGGCAGCAUGGAAGAAGCUAAGUGCACUAUAAGUAAAGUAUAAUAAAUACUACAUAGAAGAAGAAGGCACAGAGAGGGAAGAAUAUAAAACAAAAGUAAACAUUAGGAGCAUAUUUAUUUAUUUAUUUAUUAAUACAGUUUUUAUGGCUAUCUAAGUUUCUUAAAAACAUAUAAAAAAAAAGCUCCCAUGCAGAGAGACUCUUGAGUUUAAUACUUGCUACAAACAACAUUUUUGUACAUUCUUUUUCUGUCUUGGUCCAAAUUUUAUCUAUUUAUUUGAUUC